AAGCAUUGUGAAACUGCUAUCCAAUCAAAUAAACCUCAUGUAGCAAAUAAGCCAUACACAAUUUUGUUGACCAAAUGUGACACUCUCGUUGACCUUGCUUGGUGGGCGAAACAACGAAAAAACGCCACCAGCUGGAGGGAGAAAGAUUUUCUGCCGAGUUGGUUCUCUUGCUUCCUCUCUGUACACUUGAUAUUUGAGAGACGAUUUAGCUUUAAACGGGGUGACGAGAUACAGACCGUGUUGCAACCUAUCUACCCAGCCAUUCGUGUAAUGAGGACGAUUUCCUCAACACAACUUUGACUGAGCAUCUAGCUACAGCUCCCAGUGUGCCCUGCUGUGAGUCCCAGUGGGCGUGCGUGGUCCUCCCCUCAGACUGGCAGAGCAGGCUGGCAUAGCGGCACCGGCAGGGGGCCAGUGGGUGACGUUUUCCUCCAGCCCAAGUUGUGGUUGGAAGGGGCAUCGAGAAAGAGUGUCGAGAAGACAAAGAGGGGUAUCAAGACGACAUCGAGAGUAUCGAGGAGAGAUCGAGAGGGUGAAGUCUCUGCCUAGCCUCGUCAGGUGUGUGUGAGGCUCGGAGCAUGGUGAGAGCCUGCGCUGGUUGCCAUGGAGCUACAGGAUAAGAAGCAGGAGGAGGGGGUGGGGACCCUUGGCUUGUCCACUGGUCAGGCUCUGGGGACACUGAGGGACCAGCUCACCACCCUGCUUGACCAGCACCAGACCACAGGCCGUGGGAAACAACCGACUGCACGGGAGCAGUGGGUGAAGAGCUUCCUUCACCAUGGCAACCGACACUCCUGUUUCCAUUGGCCAGGAGCUGCCCUUACACUGCUGGUGGUGUUGGGACUUCUCUGUUGUUACGGCGACCAGCCACACGGCAGUUCUGGGAUCGAGUUGGUGAACGCUGCAGCCCUCCUCCUGCUCUUCACGCUGAGCUUCAUGCUGAUUGGUCGACAGCAGAGGCUGAGGAGGACUGAGAUGGUGCACCGGCUCAACAGCAUCAUCAAUCAGCUCAACGACUACCUGUCGGGAUGGGCAGAUUUGGGUAAUGGGGUGAGGUGGUCUCCCUCCCUCUACCCUGACCUGUACACCCCCUCCUCCCCCUCCUGGUCGCUCCACUGGGCCUACCGCGACUCCAAACUGGUCAACCUGCCUGUGUCCCUACUGGUGGAGGGAGACGUCAUAGCACUACGGCCAGGAAAGGAGGCCUUCGCUUCCCUCAGAGGCAUCAAGGAUGAUGAGCACAUAGUUCUGGAGCCAGGUGACCUUUUCCCACCUCUCUCCCCUCCUCCCUCCCCCCGGGGGGACCAGAAGAGGGUUCCCCAGAGCCCCCAGCAGCACCGCCUCUUCAGGGUGGUCCGCACCCCCAUCCUCGACAGCGUCAGGAACAGUCUUGACCUGGCUCUGUCUCGACCAAUCACAGCCCUGGAUAAUGAGAGGUUCACCGUGCAGUCGAUCAUGGCCAAGUUCGCCUGCCCUAUAGUACUGGUGGCGUUCUUGGUUGUGAAUACGGUGCGGUAUUUCUGCAACGCCCCCGGCCUCACUCCUGGGCGCUUCAACUUCAUCCAGCUGCAGCUGAUGGGAGUGCUGCCCAUCCUUCCCCUGCUGUUUCCUGUCAUGUGGGUGCUGGUCAAUGCCUAUGGAGAGGCUAGUGUCCUGGCUGAGUCCAGCAGAGCUUCUCCUACUGGCCUGCUUGCUAAGUUCUCUGAGGACACUCUAAGCAGCUAUACUGAAGCGGUGUCCUCCCAGGAGAUGCUGCGGUGUGUGUGGAGACACCUGGUGGGUGUGCUGAGGGGAGAAUCCCAGACUCUCUGCUACACCUCCAGCCUGCUACACACACUCGGCUCUGUCACUGUGUUGUGUUGUGUGGACAAACAGGGUGUAUUAUCCUGGCCUAACCCCAGUCCAGAGACCGUGUUGUUCUUCAGUGGUCGCGUGGAGCCGCCUCACAACGACAGUCAGCAAGACCUGCGAGAUGACCUGUCUGUCAACUCCUUCUGCCGCAUGGAGACCGACGAUGACCGUGACGAGACCCAGGAGGGGGAGGCUCUGCUGUGUAUGCCAGUGAUGGAUGGGAUGGGGGGCGGGCAUGAGCCCAGUGAGACUUCACAUGACACCGGCCGUUCCGAAGACACAGUUCAGCCUCGGCGGCAGGCGCAGGAGACACGCACCAAACACCCCUCAGGAUCUAAUGUCAGCUUCAGCCACAACACCGAGGGAGGGGACCAGGGCCCUGAACAGGACAUGGUGGGUUGCUGUGACAACGACGCGGAGGACUACGUGUGUGACUACCACCUGGAGAUGCUGAGUUUGUCUCAGGACCAGCAGAACCCGCUCUGCCGCUUCUCCGACCACCUCAGUAACCUGGCGCUGCAGGAAAGCCACGGGGCCGUGCUGCCCGUCCACGUGCCCUGGGGACUGUGUGAGCUGUCCAGGCUUAUAGGGUUCACUCCCGGGGCGAGGGAGCUGUUCAAACAGGAGAACCACCUAGCUCUGUACCAGCUGCCCUGUGGGGAGAAGGCCAAGGAGUCUGUCCCUCGACGCCAACACAACUUCACCAAGAGACAACCUCCCAUCAGCCACCUCAUCUCCCUCUUCAUCAGAGACUCCUCUUCCAAUAACGUCCAGAUGUUGUCUCACGGCUCAGCUGACCUCAUCCUGGAGGCCUGCACUGACGUCUGGGAUGGAUCUGACAUCUAUCCCCUCUCUGGCUCCGACAGGAAGAAAGUUCUGGACUUCUACCAGCGUGCCUGUCUGUCGGGCUACUGCUCUGCCUUUGCCUACAAGCCCAUGCAGGUGUCCCUGUCCAACCAGCUCAAUGGGAAAUGUGUGGAGCUAGCCCCCGGACCCAACCUCUUCUCUGGGGUAGAACUGCCCUCCACCACCCCUAUCAAAUACGACUCCCGCAGGAACUCCUGGAGCUCUGAUGAGGGUAUAGGAGAAGGUGUGGAGAAGGAUGACUGUGUUCAGGCUCUGAGUGGUCAGAUCUUCAUGGGAAUGGUGUCCUCCCAGUUCCAGGCUCGUCUGGACACCGUCAGGCUCAUAGACGCUCUGGUCACCGCCUGCAUACGCUUCGUCUACUUCUCCAUGGAGGACGAACUACGCAGCAAGGUGUUUGCAGAGAAGAUGGGCCUGGAGACAGGGUGGAACUGUCACAUCUCUCUGACCCCAAACAGGGACAGUCCCUGUGACGGUGCCCCCAACAGCCCAGGCCAGGACUCCCUACAUGAUGACCUGCACCAAGACUCCCGAGAUGAGGCAGAGGGGCCGUUGUUACCAGAGGAGGAGACUGCUGAUGUUCCCAGCUUCCUGGAGGACUGCAACAGAGCGAAGCUACCUCGUGGUAUCCACCAGGUUCGUCCUCACCUGAAGAACAUUGACAACGUGCCUCUGCUGGUGCCUCUCUUCACCGACUGUACCCCAGAGACUAUGUGUGAGAUGAUAAAGAUCAUGCAGGAGAACAGAGAGGUGACGUGCUGCCUGGGGAGCUCUGCCAACUUCCGCAACAGCUGCCUCUUCCUACAGAGCGACCUCAGCAUCGCCCUGGACCCCCUGUACCCGUCGCGGUGUUCGUGGGAGACGUUCGGCUACGCGACAGGAGCAGGCCUGAACGGGGAGGUGGAGGGUCUGUCUCCCCUCAGUCUCUCUGGUCAACUCAACACCCUGGCCUGUUCUGUCACCUUCCACCAGGGGGAGUCGGUCAGCAUGGUCAAACUCAUAGAACAGGCGCGUCACACUACGUACGGUAUCCGCAAGAGCUUCCUGUUCCUAUUGCAGUGUCAGCUGACCCUGGUCCUCAUCCAGUUUCUGGCCUGCCUCGCCCAGCUCCCACCUCCCAUGAACAUCACUGAUAUCCUCUGGCUGUCCUGCUUCAGCUGUCCACUGCUCAGUGUGUCGUUCUUAGGAAAGCCACCAGAAAGUUCUGUGAUGAACGUGGCCACGGGGAAGAACCAAGAUGCCAUCCCCAGAAAGACGCAGAACUACUUCCUGGGUUGUUUCCUUUUGAGGUUUGGCCUGACUGUGUGUGCCUACCUCCUGGGCUUUGGCUUCACGCUGCACGAGGUCUGCCUGAGGGCCAACAACCUGACCAUGGCAGAGAACACCACCAUCAGCUGUAGUGAUAUCCUCAGGGUCAGUUCGGCUCAGGACGCUCCCCAUUGGUUCAGGGAGCUGUCCAACGGCCUGCUGCUCACUCAGAAAGUCAUGGCUGGGUUCCUGGCCCUGCACACAGUGGUCAUCUCUCUGAGCUAUGUCCAUCGCUCUCAGCCGCUGUGGAAGAAGAACCCCUUCAGCAACACCUGGUGGUGCCUCACUGUCCCCGUUGUUCUGCUGGGUCAGUUGGUGCAGGCCACGGUGGACUACCAGCUGUGGCAGGACCGGUUGGCACAUUUGACCUUUGACCUGAAGGACAUCCCCAUGCUGGCCUGGCUAUUUGUCUCCCUGUCCUCCCUGGUGGUGGUGCUGCUCAAUGAGGCUGUCAAACUACACGAGAUACGGGUGAGGGUUCGCUACCAGAAGAGACAGAAGCUACAGUUUGAGACCAAACUGGGGAUGAACUCUCCCUUCUGAUUGGCUCAGACAAUGAACAGAGGGGCGUGGCAAUACAUGCUGGGAACCAAUCAGCCCUCGAAGUUGGUUCUAACUGCUGACACUGCGUCAGAUCGUUUCUCAUCCCUCUUGUUUGUUAGGAUUGGAGAAAGGAUAAUAUGAUCCUAGAUCUGUGGUUGAGGGGAACUUCUACCUCAAGCUCAUAAUCGCACUCCUCCUCAGUGCCCAUUGACCUAAACCCAGGAGCACUCAACCCACCUCAGCCCGAAAGCACUGGCUCCUAGCAGGUAGCGCUAACCUCAACCAAACUGCUACACAUGCUGGGUGGUUUAUCACUGCGAUAAUCCAAUUUUUUCUUGGGGUGGGGGGGAUCCUUGUUUAAAUUGUAUUAUGGUAUAAUAGUUUUUUUUAUAUAAAAGAAAGAUCCCAAAGCAUUUUUUUUUUUACUUUUAAAAGAAAGGCAAACAAAAACUGAGAAGUAUUUAUAAUAUUGUGGAAUGUUAUUGAAGGCCUGGGGAAUGAUUUACUGUAGUUCCUGCUUAGGGAACCUGCUUAGGGAUGGGGGGUAUGCUCACUGUUCUAUGAUAAUGUCUCUCACUGUAUCACAUAGGGGUUAUCACACUUCAGCAUGUUCCUCCUUUCUUUUGCCCCAAUACCAGACAGGGUUUCCCCCAGGAUUUUUUUCAGCAGCGGUGGCUAAGUAAACGUGGGGGGCUAGUUGGCGUGGCCAAUGUGGUGGAUUUAGAGGCCCUCCUCUUGGCCGCAGAGGCAACAUUUAGCGGUUUUAAAGCAAAUUUCCUGCAAUUUUGCCAUGGGGCAGAGAGAACAUUUGACAGUUUUAAAGAUAAUUUCCUAUGGCUCAUGCCAUGUUCUUACGCUAUCUGAGUGACUCAGAACUAUAACAAAAUCAAAGCCAUGACAUUUUGGGAAUUUUAUAUUCUAGUUUUAUUUUGGUGAUUGUUAGUACUCAAAGAUGAUCUAAGUAAAACAAAAAUAUUGCUCCAUUAUCUUUUCUACGUACAUUAUAUAUGGUUUUAAUCGUUUAAGUUUACACUGAAAAUAUUUUAUCAUCCCAAAAAUGAUGAUACACUACCGUUCAAAAGUUUGGGGUCACUUGUUUUUGUUUUUGAAAGAAAAUCACAAAAUAAAUCCAUUUAAAAAGAACAUGAAA